AUGUCUAUCAAGUAAGUCAUCCUCCCUUCGCUUUCUACACUUUGCUACAUUUCAUGGCUUCGGAACAAGGGAGCUGUAAAGUCGCGCGUGCUUGCAAGACCACCUGCUCACGCUUGACCAGCUGGGCGAUGCUCUCGCCCGAGACCAACCCACCUUUCACACCUCUCCCCAACGAACAGCUCGUCCACACAUCGCCGACACGGGUCGAUAUCUCGAUCAAGACUCCCUCACACUACCCGGCACAACAACAGCAACACUUUGAGCUGUCCCACAAAGCGGAUGGCGGCGGGAAAGCGUACAUCACGAAUCGAAGAAUCCUCUACAUACCCGAGAAACCGACACAACGAUUCCAGUCCUUCAGCGCACCCAUCCUCAAGAUCCACGACUCCCAUGUCAGCAUACCUUGGUUCGGCGCAAACACAUGGUCGGCGCUCGUACAACCCACCUCAGGAGGAGGCAUUACAUGUCCUUCUGGAGGCGCAGUUGAACUCAAGCUCACGUUCAAUAGCGGUGGAGCCUCUGACUUUGGAACGUACUACGAGCGAGUAAAGGAGAAGGCAGCGCAGUGGCUGGAAACAGCAAGGAUGAAUGGCGACGGUUCCGGAAGCUCAAGAGCAGCUGCGGAGAAUAUGGCCGUCAACAUGGAGGAUCUGCCAGCAUACUCAGAAGAGAGCGAUGGUCCGCUCCUACCACCGACAGCGGUUGCGGCAGCGGCGGCUCAGCAAUCGAGUUCGCCUGUCCUCCAGCAAACCCGGGAUAGUGGAAUCGGUAUGGAAGACUCACGGCCGCAACCAAGACCGACGGACAACGCCUUCAGUCCUCCUAGCGAGCCACCUCCGGGAUAUGAGGAAUCUCAACUAGCCGGACUUGAGGAAGAGGUGGAGAGGAGGCGGCAGGAUCAGAGUUGA